AUGUCACCUCGACGCGACAAAAGCUCCGCCCGCGAUGAUGACGACCGUGACACCAAAAGACGAAGGAGCCGCAGCAAGGAUAAAGAGGGCCACAGCUCACGUAGAAGGCGCCGUACACGUAGUCGCAGCCGAGACGAUGAAAAGAAGGACAAGAAGCGCAAACGCGACAAGUCUGAGGAGCGCAAAUUAAGGAAAGCAGAGAAGAAGCGCAUGCGGGAAGAGGAGGAGGCUCGACAGAUCGCCGAGUUGAGUGUCUACAGCGCGGCCGACAAUCCCUUCCACGAUGCAAACCUCGGGCAGCAGUUCCGCUGGCACAAGAAGACUGAGAAGGAGAAGAAAUCGGGCUUGUCGCUUGCGGAGGCGCAACGCAAGGAGGCCUUGCGACGUCAGGAAGCGAAGGAGGAACUGGAGAGACUAAAUAGACGCCGUGCGGAGAGAGAGGCAGAACAAAGGCUGAGGGAGGAAGAAGAAAUCCGAAUGCAGCGCUUGGCGGAGUCCGCGCAGAUGGCGGAAUGGACGGCGAAGGAGGGUGACUGGAAGCUUGAGCAAGAAAGGCGGCGGGCCGCCAUUCGCAUCAAAGAGAAGAGGGCGAAAGCCAUCGAUUUCUUAGCUCUGAAUCUACAAUACGCGAACCCUGGACAAGAAGAAGAGGAAAAGGACGAAGACGCUGGUCUGGAAAUUGAUCUGGAUGAGCCGUACAAUAUCUUUGACAACCUUACCCCUCAGGAGGUGGAUGAAUUGCACGACGAUAUCCAGAACUAUCUUUCUUUGGAACAUGCAGAGACUAACAUCGACUUCUGGACUAAUAUGAUGGUGGUUUGCAAAGACCGCAUAGACCGUAACAAAGCCAACGAACGUAUGGGAGUCGAGGCUGCGGCAGCUGUGGAGGCAGAUAUCAACAAGCUGCUCUCUGGGAAGUCCUAUGAGCAUUUGGUGGCACUACAGAAGUCUAUCCAGAACAAAUUGUCCAGCGGAGAACCAGUGGACGUUGAUUAUUGGGAGAACCUCUUGAAGAAGUUACUUGUGUGGAAAGCCAAAGCAAAGUUGAAAUCCUUCCACGAAGUCGUCAUACGCAACAGAUUGGAAUUACUACGGAAGAGGCAGAGGGACGAAGCCCUCCAAGCGCAGGAGGAGCUUCUGGCCGGUGUUGCGAAAGCAGUGCAAAGAGGCGAAGCUCGGCCUGAAAUUGUCGAGCAGCCUGCGGAAGUGGAGACGUCGGCGACCGAACCCGCCGAUACUUAUGACCGAAUUAUGAGUCCCGAACCCAUCGAUAUCAGGAAGUUAACUCAUGAAGAUCGCCAAGCACCCAUUGUUACUGUCCUCGAAGACAAGAGAAAUCUAUUUGCACAGCGCCGUCAAGUGAUUGCUUCCCGUUUUGUACCCAAGACUGAACCAGCGGCUGCGAAGGAGGAAGACGUACGGGCCCCGGCGAGUGUUCUGGAUUCCAUGGCUUCCGAAGCCAUCUACCGCAUGGACCUUGAGCAGGACUUGGACGAAGAUGAGGAAGAAGAAAUCUUCAAUCUUGAAGAGAAUAUUGAAUCCUCCACGUCUUAUAACUGGGAAGAUAAGUAUCGGCCUAGAAAACCACGAUACUUCAAUCGCGUUCACACCGGAUACGAAUGGAACAAGUAUAACCAAACGCACUAUGACACGGAUAACCCUCCCCCGAAGGUCGUUCAAGGCUACAAGUUCAACAUAUUUUACCCGGAUCUCAUUGAUAAAUCGAAAGCUCCCACAUACAAAAUCAUCAAAGAGCCUGGGAAUGAAGAUACGGUCUUGCUUUACUUCAGUGCUGGCCCACCUUACGAGGAUAUAGCAUUCAGAAUAGUGAAUCGCGAGUGGGAAUAUUCUCAUAAGCGCGGUUUCCGUAGUAGUUUCGAUCGAGGUUGCCUGUCCUUAUGGUUCAAUUUCCGCCGGAAUUUCUACCGCAAAUAA